AUUGUGGUUCAAGUCCUGAACUUGAGCAAAAGUGUGAGACCCUAUCUGAAAAAUUAAAAGCAAAAGGACUGGGGGCGGGAGGAGGCAUGGUCAAAUGGAGAGUGCUUGUCUAGCAAGUGCAAGGCCCUCAGUUCAAUCCCUAGUACUGGAAAAAAAAAAAUCUGAGUGCUCCAAACUUUGGGUUCAGAAUCACUAAGCUGUGUGCUCUUUAGGAGCUCUGACCAGUAGCUCUCUUUCAAUGUUUGUGUUGCUCACUUAACAACAACUUAGGACUUUUCUGGGCUAAACAGAUGCCUAUCUUCUUCCCUUUCCUUUUCACAAUGGGUAGUUUACAUUAAUCUAAAUUAAUCUCCUCUCAGUGAUGGAAGUGGGCAUUGGGCUUCAUUGACAGUCUUAUGUAUCCACAUAACUCUCUUUCCAGACUCAUAGAUGGUUGGAUGGUUGACUAGUCAAUGUUAAGGAAACAUUCUGCUUAAGGUGGGCUGAGGUACCAGAUACCAAAGGAUCUGGAGUGGAGCAAGGCCAUCAUUUUUUUUCCAUCCUGGGGAUUGAACCCAGGGCCUUGCACAUGAUAGGCAAGUACUCUACUAUCAGCUACAACCCCAGCACUUUGUUGUUGCUGCUGUUUGAGAUGCUGUCUCACUGUUUCUCAGGCUGGUCUUGAGUUCCUGGGCUCACUGCCUCAGCCAUCUGAGUAGCUGUGUACAUGCAAGCUCACCUGGCUAAGGCAGUCUCUCUUAAGCAGUUUGGUAAAACACUCUCACAGAAAGAUCUACAGUUCUAGUGUAUUUUGGGGACCUUUAAAGAUAGAGGGAACUCUUAGGCAAGACAUAGAAGACGUUAGUGGUCUUUGAGAAUAAGAUGUUUCCUAGCACAGGGUGCUGGCUGGAACCCUGCUUAUCCUCCCUUGGGGCUCCUCCCUGCACCAUCAGUGAGGAGGCCGCAGGUAAGAAGUCACCACCUGAGCACUGUGUGUUUCUCUUUCCUACAGACUGGUUCAGGCAGGCACUGAUGAAGAAGCCAAAGAAGAUGCCUGUUUCCCCAGAAAGCCACCCCAAUGACAAUUCACAGUCAGCCUCACAGCUGGCCUUACAGGACAGCCCCCCAACCCCGAGCCUCAGUCCAGUCAUGUCUUCCACCCUGUCACCAACACAUGUGGACACCAGCAGUAGUGGCCGCUGGAGCAAAGACUACGACGUCUGCAUAUGCCACAGUGAGGAGGACCUGGUGGCUGCCCAGGAGCUGGUCUCUUACCUGGAGGGCAGCACUGCCAGUCUGCGCUGCUUUCUGCAGCUUCGGGAUGCAACCCCAGGUGGUGCCAUUGUGUCAGAACUGUGCCACGCACUAAGCAGUAGUCAUUGCCGUGUGCUGCUCAUCACCCCAGGCUUCCUUCGUGACCCAUGGUGCAAGUACCAGAUGCUGCAGGCCCUGACUGAGGCCCCUGGGGCAGAGGGCCGCACAAUCCCUUUGCUGUCAGGCCUGACCAGAGCCUCCUACCCACCUGAGCUGAGAUUCAUGUACUAUGUGGAUGGCAGAGGCCCAGAUGGUGGCUUUUGCCAAGUCAAGGAAGCUGUCAUUCGCUAUCUGCAGACACUUAGUUGACACGUCAUCAUGGGAUCCAGAGAGUUGCUGUAGAGCUGGAAAUAGAUCAUUUUGGGCCUCGGAUUCCAGCAGAUACAGCAGGAGGUGUCAGGAGCCAGAGUCAGCUGUACUUUGUACAUGACCCUGGGAUCAGAUUGCCUAUCAGGCUUCCAUUACUGUGGGCUCCCCAUGAAGGCCAUGGGGAAGUUGGGGACUCCCCAAGAAGCCCAGGAGGAAGCUGGGGGUCUCCCCCAGGAAGGCCAUGAAAACGCUGGGACCUCCCCAGGAAGGCCAUGAGGAAGCCAGCAGUUGGAGGUGGCAGGAGGGAGAGUGAGCAGUAUUUUGCCUGCUGCCUAAUCAGACAGCUGGCACACAUGUCUUCUUCCCCCCAGAAUCAGGCAGCACUGUAGAUCGGCAUUCCUCCUCAAGAGGAUGAGCCUGACCUAUGAGCUGGAAGUUGAGGCCACAGGUUUCAGCAUAGAUGCUCUUCUCAGUUGCCUGAGCAAGUCUCAGAACAGGCAUUAGGAGUAAACCACAAGUAUUGAGUCCUUCACACUCAUUCUGAGAUAUGGACUCAUUUCAGAAAGCUGGCUAAAAGGUGCUCUUGGCACCAUACUAUAUUUUAUUUAUUACAUGAAUGUCAUUAAAGAUACAAACCCAGGACUACAGGUGUGGUUCAGUGUAAGGGUAAGGUUCAGCACCACCAAAAAGAGAUUCAACCUAAAAAUAUUCUUAAUAUAUAGAAAAGGGGAGGGACAAGUGAGAAGAAGAGAAGCCAAAGCUCAGAGCCCAGCUGCUUCACCUGGAUCAAAAGCCCACUAAUCCUGUGACAACUGGAGGUCUUACCACAGGUCUGGUAAGCCCAGGCUUUCCUAGUAGCUGUCUUUACUUUUGGACUGAGGAAUCAGAUCAUGUUCUUUGUAGGACAGGCAAGGUUUAUUUAUUCUCAAUAAGAACAGAAACUUGUGUUGAACUGAAAUGAAUGUCAUUGUUUCCCCCACUGUGUACUUUUGUGCCUGUUCUCUAACUUCCUCCUGUCAUGUCUCCUUUUAUUGAAAAUACUUAGUUUUUAAAUUACAAGCUAUUUUCUUACAUACAAAAUGACAGAAAUACUACAGGUAUACUCAUGUACGUACCACUCAGCUUAAGAAGCAAAACCUCAUCCCAAGGUGCUUCCUUUGAGUCCUUAAUUCCAGAUUCCUCACCAGAAAUAACUACUAUUCUGAAUUUUAAACUCAUUCUUAGCUUUUUUUCUAUGGAAGUUACUACAUAUAUAUGAAUCCCUGCCAACAUGUUAUUUAAUUUUACAUGGCUUUAUAUUAUAUAUAAGUGGCGUUGUUUGUAUUCCUUUCUUUGUUCACCAUGUUUGUGAGAUUUAUCAAUGUUGAUGUGAUGUGUGUCACUUUAGUUAAUUCCCUAUUUUUCUAUAAAUAGAUAUUUGGCUGUUUCCAGUUUUUUGCUACUAAAAACAAGUCUACGAACUUUUUUUGUACAUGUUUACAUGAGCAAGAUUUUCUAGGAUUUAACCUAGAUGGGGAACAGUUUUACUAGAAGAUGCAGUCUCUGUCAACUUAGUUGAGCCAAUUUGUGUUCCUACCAUUUGUGUAUGAGUGUCUGUUUUUUCAUGUUCUUGCCAAGACUUAAAUUACCAGGUUUGCUGUUUGCUAAUCUGGUGGGUGAAACUGUUAUGUAAUUAUCAAUUUUUCCCCUUAUCUUUUUAAAUGAAAAACUAUGCAUGUAUAUAUAUAUAUAUAUAAUUCUAAAAGAAAAAAUUUGACUCAGGUUCAACAGUUCCAACUCUUCCCCUCCCCCCUUUUUUUUUGGUGGGACUAGGGUUUGAACUCUGAGCGUUGUGCUUGCAAAGUAGGUGCUCCACUACU